AUGAAUAGAAACAAUAUUGAAAAAUUAUUCCAUGAAUGUGAUAGAAAAAGAAAAGGAUAUCUGAAUCGAGAAGAUAUUAAAGUAGCAUCUAUAAGACUUUAUGGAAUAAAGUUAGAUAAGUAUAAAAUUGAAAGAAUACUUUCAAAUAUUCCUAACAAGAUUCAUCCAGGUUUAACAUUGGAUCAAUUUAUUGACUUUGUACAUAGUUUUAAACAUCAAAUUGAUCAUGAAGAUCAAAAUCGUGAAACGUUUCUUAUUCUUGAUCGAACGUGUAAGGGAUUUCUAAAUAAAGAAGAUUUUAUUCGUGCGUUUGAACGUGCCAAUAUCAAACUUAGUCCAGAAAUGAUCGAUUCAGCUUUCAAACAACUCGAUGUCGAUGGUGAUGGUCGUGUUAGUUAUCGAGAUUUUGACUUUAUGAUGAAUUAUGUAGCUGAUGAAUGA